AUGGAGAAGCACGAUGGCGGCAGCGAAACGCAGGACGAAAGCAAUUCGCCGUCACUGUCGCCAGGGACCACCUACUUCAAUCUGGAGGAGCAGGUGACGGUCUACAUAAACUAUUGCAUCAUGCCGCUCCUCCCACGUGGCCUCAUCUUCCACACGGGCGUAGUGGUUGGCCAGUACGAGAUUACCUUCGGGCAUUCCGGGGUCCGUGUUGUGGAGCCAGGCUGCGACCCGGCCUUUGCAAGUGGCUGGCCCCAUUCCGCCAUGAUUGGCACGGUGCCUGGCAACACUGCCAACGCGGCCAUGUCCACGGCGGUUCGGCAGUGGAGGAUUUCGCUGUGUGGCUGGUGCGUGCGGGCGAUGACGGAGCUGGAUCCAGCGGGCAAUGUCCAGCCCCUGAACCUUCGCUCGGAGAGCGAGAGCGGCGAAAGCGGCUGGCGCCCGCCGCCUUUUUCGGCAUCCUGCAGGAUUUGGGGGCCAUUCUGGCUGGCUGUCGUGUUCGAGAACAUGGCGACAAUUAUGGUCAAAUUGCUCUACCCCGACCUCGCUGUAGCAUCGCUGAAUGGUGGCAUUGAUGCCUGCGCCGGCACAGGGGCAGGCAGCCCUCAGUGCCAAAAGAUCAUUGCCAAGGCUUCCGCGGUGGGUGCGAUGUUUCAGACAGCAGCAGGUUUCAUGAGCAUCUUUGUGAUUCCGUUCGUCGGCUCCUGCUCUGAUCACUUCGGCCGGCGGCCGAUGCUAAUUGUGGGGUGUCUAUCUUCGAAGGUAGCUCUCAUUGCGCUCAUCUGCGAUGUCUACGCCGGUACAUCCAUCUACUACUUCUUCGUAGCCGCGAUGAUCCCGAACAUGUUCUCCAUCCCUAUGCUGAUGUGGCUAUGGAUCUGUGACCAAACUCCACCAAACGAGCGUGGGAAGAUGUUUGGGAGACUUGCUGCGGCCACGAACAUUGAAGGCGUCGUGGUUCCUUUCGUUGCCAUCAUGGCGCGCAAUGGAAAAAUUGCCGUUUUGGUCUUGGCAUUUGUCCGAGUCUUCGGGCUCUUGGUUAUGAUCCUCGGCGUGCGCGAGUCUCGUCCACCAGACAUGCUGGGUUCAUCGGCGAGGAGCAUGCUCUCUGAUGGCAGAAGUGCGUUCUUUCAGCGCUGGAAGGGUAUGUCCGAGCUGCUUUCUGACAGAGAUUUGAGACUGCUCAUCGUGUCCGGGAUGAUCGGAACGUUUGCGAGCGCCGGAGCAACUGGCGUCCAGUUCCUGUUCUGCAAGGAGAGGUUUGGGGCAACCAUGGAGACCUUUGCCCCGCUUGUGGCACUGACCACCAUGAGCAACUGCCUUGUUCAGCUCUUCCUCCUAAAGCCGCUGGAGAACCGGGUGGGUAUCCGGGGUGUGUUCAUCCUGGCGGCUGCAGCGGGUGCUGGACUUAUGCUUGCAAUGGCCGUAGUGCCGACCCUUCACGGGCAGUACCUGGUCAGUGUCUUCUGGGGCCUGUCGACAAUGGGCCUUCCAGCCUUUCAGACCGUUCUCUCGAAUGUGGCAGGAGCCGUGGACACGGGCCUUUCACCGGCGGUGGCGCUUGGAGCACUCCAGGCGAUGGUGUCAUUGAUGACCAUGGCUGGUGAUCCGGCCUUCCAAGGUAUUUUGUCAUCUUGUCUCCGCCUGCCCAUUGGCGGUCGAAUUCAUCCGGAGGCACCUUUCCUCUUCGGAGCUGUCCUCUACGUAGUUGCGGUCAUGGUGUUGCUGUGCAUUCCGCGGGAGCUGUUUGCGAGGGGACUGUGA